AUGCCCAUCGAAUAUUUGAAUUUAAAUGAGGUUGCUACCUUUUCCCAAUCACACGCUUUUGUAGGAAAAUCAGACUAUCUCCUUUCCUUUCAUCCAUCGCCUUCGGAGUAUGAUUACGAGAAAGAAGAGCGGCUGGAGCCCAAAUACCAAAAGCAAACAGGGAUAUUCGAGCACAGAGAACAGUGGAGCUCAGGUCUCAGCGCACGCGUAUGGGUGGAGCGCGAAUUGCUUCCGCGUAGUGCUGCCGUGGUCCGUCCAUGGUUCGGUCCAUGGUUCCAUAUUUUGGAUGGACCGAACCGAAAUGAGGUUCGGACGUUCCCGAACCGUUCUGAACCCCGAACCGAAUUGUCCUCGCGAUAUCGGCGAGGCACACCCAUGCUCACUUCGACUUCGACUUCGACUUCUCCCCCCAUGGUCAUGUCGACUUCGGGGAUCCUCAAGAUUCGCAUUGUCUUUGAAUCGGACGCUCGCAUCCCGCACCCCCGGUUGUCAGAAGAUGCUCAAGAUCUACUUUUUGCUUGCCCCCGGUUUCCAGGAGACGCUCGAGAUUUACUGUUUGCUUGUUUCACACAUAAAGGGAGCAAGCCCCACCAGGACGCCAAAGAUAUUGUAUUUUACAAUGACCCUGAUGAUAUUAUCCCACUUGGCACUCCGUCCUCUGCCCAGCCAACACUAUCUACCACUCCCACAGGCUCAGACGCCUUCUCAGUGCUGCUGAAGGCUGGGCGCAAACCAGCACCGGUUACUGCAGGUGCUCGUCGCUCCAUUCGGACAUUCAAGCCUUCUGCUCGCCUCUGCGAUGCCGACAACGCUUGCUCUCACCCAUCAUCCUCAAACAGCUCAACAGCCCGCAAACGUGCAUUAUCUAGUGCGACCGAGCGGCUAGUCAGCAAAAAGGUCGCAUUGCAGCUCUCAGCCCCGUUAUCUGAUGAUGACUAG